UGAACAGAGACAGCUCUCAGUCUGGGGCGAGCGCUUCAGUGAGCGUGGAUGCUUGGGCAGUAGUCCCUGCGGCGGCGGCGGCGGCAGCGGCGGCGGCAGCAGUAGUGGUGGCAGAAGAGAGGAAGGGGGAGGGCCCCGAGGGCUACACACGCUCACACUUUCAAGUUCCCCCGGAGGGAGAGGAGGUGGGGCUGCAGAAAGAGGAGGCCAGGAGCAGUUCCAUCCGUCCCGUCCCGUCUCCCCCUCUUCCUCUUGCUCCCUGCACCCUGGCUCUGCAAGAGUUGAGGGUUCGGGUGGCAGUACGCGGCAGUGAGGGCAAGAGGGCCAGGAGAGUGGGGAGCGGAGCCAGGGGUGCGGGGGAAGAUGCCCAUCCUGCUGUUCCUCAUAGACACGUCCGCCUCUAUGAACCAGCGCACUGACCUGGGCACCUCCUAUUUGGACAUUGCCAAAGGCGCUGUGGAGUUAUUCUUGAAGCUGCGCUCCCGGGACCCGGCCAGCCGCGGAGACAGGUACAUGCUGGUCACCUACGACGAACCCCCGUACUGCAUCAAGGCUGGUUGGAAGGAAAAUCACGCAACAUUCAUGAGUGAACUAAAAAAUCUUCAGGCUUCUGGACUGACUACUCUUGGUCAGGCUCUAAGAUCCUCAUUUGAUUUGUUAAAUCUCAAUAGAUUAAUAUCUGGAAUAGACAAUUAUGGACAGGGGAGAAAUCCAUUUUUUUUAGAACCAUCUAUUUUAAUUACCAUCACAGAUGGAAACAAGUUAACAAGUACUGCUGGUGUUCAAGAAGAGCUCCAUCUGCCUUUGAAUUCUCCUCUGCCUGGAAGUGAACUAACCAAAGAACCUUUUCGUUGGGAUCAAAGGUUAUUUGCCCUGGUGUUGCGUUUGCCUGGAUUGGCUUCUACUGAACCCGAGCAGCUAGGGAGUGUACCCACUGAUGAAUCUGCCAUCACACAGAUGUGCGAAGUCACAGGAGGUCGCUCCUACUGUGUUAGAACACAACGAAUGUUGAAUCAAUGCUUAGAAUCCUUAGUUCAAAAAGUUCAGAGUGGUGUAGUGAUUAACUUUGAAAAAACAGGACCAGAUCCACUUCCUAUUGGAGAAGAUGGACUUAUGGACUCAUCCAGGCCAAGCAAUUCAUUGGCUUCUCAACCAUGGCAUAGUUGUCAUAAGCUGAUCUACGUACGACCCAACUCUAAGACUGGUGUUCCUGUUGGACACUGGCCAAUUCCAGAAUCUUUUUGGCCAGAUCAGAAUUUACCUUCACUACCUCCGCGAACCUCUCAUCCUGUCGUGAGGUUCUCUUGCGUAGAUUGUGAGCCAAUGGUAAUAGACAAACUUCCCUUUGACAAAUAUGAACUUGAACCUUCACCCUUAACUCAGUACAUCCUGGAACGAAAGUCUCCCCAUACCUGCUGGCAGGUGUUUGUUACCAGCAGUGGAAAAUACAAUGAACUUGGAUAUCCAUUUGGUUAUUUAAAAGCCAGUACGACUUUAACUUGUGUAAACCUCUUUGUGAUGCCCUACAACUACCCAGUUUUACUCCCUCUUUUAGAUGAUUUGUUUAAAGUUCACAAGCUUAAGCCAAAUUUGAAGUGGCGACAGGCUUUUGACAGCUACUUAAAAACUCUGCCUCCAUACUACUUAUUACCAUUAAAGAAAGCACUAAGGAUGAUGGGAGCUCCAAAUCUGAUAUCAGAUAAUUUAGAUUGUGGACUUAGUUACAGUGUUAUCUCUUACCUUAAAAAACUCAGCCAACAGACCAAACUAGAAUCAGAACGAAUACUAGCCUCAGUGGGGAAGAAACCUCCCCAGGAAAUUGGAAUCAAAGUGAAAAAUCACUCUGGAGACGGUGUGUCCUUGACUCACAAUAAAAAUUUUAGGAAACUAUUGAAAGAAAUCAUAGGGGAAAGUGCACCGAGACUAACAGAACUGAAUACCAAAGAAUUUGCUGGCUUCCAAGUAGGGCUCUUAAACAAGGAUUUGAAACCUCAGACAUACAGAAAUGCUUAUGAUAUUCCACGUAGAGGUCUUUUAGACCAGUUAACCAGAAUGCGAUCCAAUCUGCUGAAAACACACAAGUCUAUUGUCGGACAAGAUGAAGAUUCCCUUCAUAGUGUUCCAGUUGCACAAAUGGGGAACUACCAGGAAUAUCUAAAGACAUUGGCUUCUCCACUUCGAGAGAUCGAUCCAGAUCAACCAAAAAGACUACACACUUUUGGAAAUCCAUUUAAACAAGAUAAGAAGGGAAUGAUGAUUGAUGAAGCAGAUGAGUUUGUAGCAGGGCCACAAAACAAAGUGAAACGUCCUGGAGAACCCAGCAGUCCUUUGUCAUCUAAGAGAAGGCGGAGUAUGUCCCUGCUGUUGAGGAAACCACAAACACCACCUACUGUAACUAACCAUGUGGGCGGAAAGGGACCACCCUCAGCCUCGUGGUUCCCAUCUUAUCCAAACCUCAUAAAACCCACCCUUGUACAUACAGAUGUUCCCGUCGCUCCCGAGGGCCCUGAGGAGAAGCUGGAGAAUGGUCGCCUCUCGCCGGACGCCUUCUUGUCCAAACCUGCUGCGCCGGAGCUUUUGAAUGUGGCCGGAGACGCCGUCCCGCCCGGCCAGUUCGAGUCUCUGGCUGAUGGUUUCACGGACCUAAGGAAAGACCAUCUAAUUCACAAGGCCGCCUGCAAUGCGCUCCUGGGAGGAGCCCCAAACUGCAGUGUCCCUGUAGACGAUCAAAAAGCCCCGACGACCUCUGCCUUGGAACCUGGGCCAAAUACUUUGCAAAUGACUCCUGCCAUGGCCCAGGGAAUCAAUGCUGAUAUAAAACACCAGUUAAUGAAGGAAGUUCGAAAAUUCGGACGACGGUAUGAAAGAAUUUUCGUUUUGCUUGAAGGAGUGCAAGGACCUCUUGCAGUCAAGAAACAAUUUGUUGAAUUUACCAUCAAGGAAGCUGCAAGGUUCAAAAGACGAGUCUUAAUUCAGUACCUUGAGAAGGUACUAGAAAAAAUAGAAUCACAUCACCUUCUCCUCAACGUCAAUCACAUCAACAGCAGAUCAUCAUGUUAAUGCAAAGAGCAAGGAGAAAAAAAGAACAAGCUUUCUGUGCUGCAGGCUGGAGCAGGAUAUUGUUGAAUAUCCUAGAAUAUUUUAGUCAAGGGAACUGCCUUCCAGAGGCUAAGAAAAAGCAGUGGAGCUUUUUGGCAUAUGAUUCUCUGGCAGUAAAAGCUGGCUUUUGCCCCAUGCAUUUUCUUGGAAGGUAUUAAUUUGUAGUUUUGUGGUUCCUUUUCCCAAGUGAGGAAGGUGAUGUGAUUCAUCCAGCAGGUGAAAUUGUCAACACUGUCGCCCCUACCACACUUUUUGGGAUAAGGGUUCACUCUUGAACUUGGCUGUCCUGGGCAUUUCCAGAGUGACUUGGUGCUCUUAAACGGUGUCCUUUCGAAAGAAUAGGUGUUCAGAUUCCAACUAGUUAUCUUGUGUGUGCUGAACAAAGUUUUCAACAAUUCCUAGUUGUGCCUUUUCAAACAUGCAAUAUUCAGGACAGUUUGGAUCCAAGAGCAAGAAAGCUGCUAUUCAGGUAACUUAUCUCGCCGUGGGAGGGGCAGGGAGAGUCAGUAAACAAUCUACCUCCAACUUUCUUCUAUUUUGUCUAGAGACAUUGCAAAGUGCACCUGAGGCUGCCCCAGGCCCUGACGUUUGUUCUCGUAUGUGACAACAGAGAAUCUUCAGGUGGACUUAGGCAUUCUGUGCUUCAGAAGCACUAAAAAAAAAAAAUAGUGUAUAUAUUUCCUUUAAUGUUUAUACAAAGGUUUAUAUGGAGCAGUAUUGUGAUGUUUGUAUUCAUUUGCAAAAAAAUUAAGUGUACAAAGAGAUUUUGACUUUGCAUAUAUAAAAUAAAUCAUUUUAUUGAUUUUUCACAAGUUCA